UCGAAUAUUGCCCACGAAACUAUGGCCUUGAACUGAAAGACAGAGCAGUUGACACGGCUUGCUACUCACUGGAUACUCAAGAGGGAUAGGACACUUACAAAUUUUGACGUAGAGACAAGAUAAUAAUGAGCAAGACAGAUCCAAAUCACAUAAAGAGACCCAUGAAUGCCUUUAUGGUUUGGUCAAAAGAGAAACGAAAAGCUAUGGCCAAAGAGAACCCGAAGAUGCACAACUCGGAGAUCAGCAAAGUUUUGGGAGCGCAAUGGAAACUGAUGAAGGACCAAGACAAGCGAAUUUACCAAGAGGAGGCCAAACGACUACAGGAGAAACACAGUCAAGAACACCCUGAUUAUAAAUACAAACCAAGACGAAGGAAACAGAAGCAGAUAAUGAAGAAAUCGACGUAUCCAUUUCCCUACCCGGGAACAGAGCCUGCAGUCCAUCCCGCCGCCAUGAAAUUAACGGCGUAUCCACCAACGAUGGCACCCGAUAGCAUGUAUCCACAGUAUCAUUAUCAGAUGGCGGCUCAACACGCUACUUACCCAAUGUAUGACAUGGCUGCAGUACACGCUCAAAGACAAACUCACGCCUUCCCACCGGCUGCGAGUCAUGCUAACAGCGUGCAUGAUUUACCUUAUCCAGUCCGUCCCACUGAAAUGAUGGUUUCUCCAACCGGCCCGCAUGGACACGCGGCCAGUCAUCUCUACACCAGCACGAUGGAACCGGGACCUACAACAAGUGCCGUUUCGGCAUUUUCCUCGGCAGCACAAAACAUUCAUUCUCAGCAAGUAACAGAGACCAGCCCACCAUACCCGCAACUGUACACUCAACGACAUGUAUAGGUUUGAUUAACGCGUCCUAUUAUUACUUUGUGUAUCUAACGAUACAAAAAGACGGCUUAUCUUCUAAUUCAUGUGUCAAAUAGAAUUUUCCAACACUUGACAUUCAAUUACUAGCUAAGUUUAUAUUUACUUUUUUGUAAGGAACGAUUGUAAACAUGCAGCAGAAAUUUAUAGGAUUAUAUCGAUGGAUCUGUGAUCAGUACAUGGCGAAUGCGAACUUCAUGGUUGAUUCUCAGGAGACCGCAAGGAGACACUUGGGACAAGAUAGCAUGAAAAAUAAAACCGGAGUUCAGUCUAUUGAAUUUUUGCGGAAAAUUAUUUGGACCAUUUAUUUUCUUAUCUAACUGAUUUACAGUUUACAGUCUUGUAGAAGCACCAACCGCGAUAAUCAAAGUAAUGUUUCUUUGUUUGAGUUAUUUAUUCGAGGUUCUCACACCUAAAUCUAAGAUGGCAGCUAAAUUUAGCCGUGCUCUGAAGUUAAAAAAUUUUUUCGUUCUUCUUGUCUUAUCUUGCACUCUUUGCCUCGCGAAUAAUCAUGCACAAGUGAAAAUUUAAUUCCUCGUGUGAGCUAAUGCAUGCUGACACUAAACACGUUUGAGUGUUAUCGUACUAAUAAAGUAUGAAUAUUCUGUCAUG